UUGUGCGAGGUGGUUAGAAAAGUCGCGCGAAACCGCGAAGUUCUCGCGGCGGUGAGUAACAAGAACAUCUUUCACAUGCUUGAGCUGUACAUCGAUGGGUUGAAGCGGACGGGGAUCACGAACUACGUCAUUGUGGCUCUCGAUAGCGAGACUGCGGAUUGGUGCAAGCAGCGCGAGGUGCCGUACUAUCACCGCGAGCUAACGUCAAUCACAGGUAGUACUGACAAUCACGCGACGUCGGGAUUAAAGUUCCGAGUGUUGAAUGAAUUCGUAUCCACUGGGACGUCGGUGUUGUUAUCGGAUGUGGAUGUGGUUUGGAUGCAAGAUCCUUUCGCUGCAGGUGAGAGCGCGAGAAACAAACGCUUGAUCUAUCGAGACGCCGACGUCGAAGGAAUGACCGAUGGAUGGGACGAUCCGACGUCGUACGGUUUCUCAUGGAACGGUCAGCGACGGUUGAUCGCACGGAAUAGCGGGUUGUUUUUCGUCGCGGCGACGCACGAGACGAAGGCGAUGAUGUCAAGACUCGCCGAACGCAUGGCGUCGGAGAAGAAUACGUGGGACCAGACGGCGUACAACGAGGAGCAGGUGUAUCUCUGGGGUCAGUCCAAGCAUAAGAAGUAUUCUGGAACGAGCCAGCGCGUGAUGAACUACAUGUGUUUCCAGAAUUCCAAGUACAUGUUCCGCUUCAUGCGUUACGACGAGGAUCUGUACCCAGAUCACCGACCCGCAAGCGUGCACAUCAACUACCACCCUGAAAAGCCCGAUCGCAUGGUGUCCGUCAUAGCGCAGUACUGGAAAGGUGAAGCAAAUGCGAUUGAU